AUAAAAAUAGUCGCGUGGAACGUGAAUGGUCUCCGAGCUAUCCUCAAGCGGGACGAAAGUGUCCAUCUCCGAGCUUACGUGGCCCAGGAGGACCCCGACAUUUUUUGCCUCAGCGAGACCAAGAUCUGCCGCGACGAGCUCCAGAAGAUCGAGGACUUCCUGCCCCAGUACGAGCACCAGUACUGGUCCUGCGCCGUCAAGAAGGGCUACGCCAGCACGGCCAUCUUCAGCAAGACCAAGCCGCUGAGCGUCAAGGACGAGAUCAUCGUGGGCGACCACGACUCCAAGGGCGUGAGCAAGAGCGCCAACAGCGGCAAGGACCAGGAAGGACGCUUCCUGGCGCUCGAGUACCCCAAGUUCUGGCUCGUGCACACGUACGUCCCCAAUGCCGGGGGCAAGCUGGAGCGCCUGGACUUCCGCACCAACCAGUGGGACAAAGCCAUGCUGCGCGAGAUGAAGGAGAUGGAGAAGACCAAGCCCGUGGUCUGGUGCGGGGACCUAAAUGUCGCUCAUCAAGAGAUCGACAUUCACAACCCCAAGGGCAACAAGCGCAGCGCGGGCUUCACGGACGAGGAGCGCGAGAGCUUCGGCAACAUCUUGGAGAACGGCUUUGUCGACACGUUCCGUCACCUGCACCCGGACAAGGUCGAGUACUCUUACUUCGGCUACCGCCACAACAUGCGUGCGCAGAACAAGGGCUGGCGGCUGGACUAUUUCGUCGUGUCGGAGAAGCUCAUGCCGAAUGUGGUAAGUGUAUUUGGCUGGGAGCGCUCUUCCUACAUUCGCGGGAGCGUCGUUGGCAGUGACCAUUUGCCCAUCGGUUUGGAGCUGGAAGGUUUG